CUGCGUCAUAUUUCCGUUUCUCUUUUCACUUUCCUCGGCACGGGAAGGUCAGCCACACUGACUGAAAACACUGAAUGCUGUCGGUUGUUUGGACAAUCGUCCACUAACAUGAAAUAAUUCUUUCUAGCUGGUCGCUUUGCAGAAUAAAAAAACAAGAAUCCCCAUGUUGAUGACAGCUUUAGUGGCGAUCACCUUAAUCAAGACACGGAGUUAAAGUGCUUACGCUUUUCACUGGCGGGUUAUCAAAUCUCUGAAAGGUCAAACGUCCUUUCAAAGGUCGCCCGUGUUGCUCUGCCCUCAUACACCUCGUCCCCGCUGCACCACAGACAUGAGGGAAAACACAGAGCUGUAAAUUUUUCACUUUUAUUGAUAUUUCAACAUCAAAAUCCGGCUGAAUUAUGCGGUAACCUUGAGGGCUGUGUUUCCUAUCUAAAGCUGAUUACGCAGCAUAAACCGGCAGCAAUGACUAAGACAUCAAAGGGUUUAUAGCCCGAGCUUUAUAUACCUACAAAUCUUUAGUGUCAUACCGGCCUCUUUCUGAAUCUCCCUUUUCUGAUCGUAUAGCUUGCCUCACACUGCACACCUGCCAGCUCUGUCCCAAGACCUGGCUGGGUGUGUUAGGAGGGGGGUGUUCAGGGUCUUGUGAUACGUUUCUGGCAGUCUUUACAUGCCAACAGUUGGCCCUGGAGCAGAGGGUAGCUGGUCUGUCAGUUUAUAUUUAGGCUAAGUGCCUUGGGAGUAUAUUUAACAAGUGCACAGCCAAUUACUGACCUACACGCCCACACCCUGCACUCCACAGACCCUGGCCUGACUCAGGGGGCCAGUCUCCACACGCCACACAGCCGGGACUACUUCCUCUCAUCUUUGGGCAGCAGCAGCAGCGCACAGCUGGCCCUUGGAGACAACGGAUUCAGUGGCAGAACAACGGGCAGGUUUAUAGUUUAAUGACCACUGGAUCUGAGUACCAGGCUCCGGUUCGGUCCAGAAGCCAGUCGAGAGUUUAUGUGAGCAGCAGGAGGGAUGGCACCAGGAGCCAAAUGCCAAGCAGAGGAACGACGUUUGUAAGAACCGGCCAGGCUGAGUCCAGUCCUGUAUCUAUUGCUCCAGGACAGCCUGUUGGUUAUGUGCCGUUCAAUGGUCGUGCGUCAGGGACCAGACAGCAGCAGCCAGGCGCACGACACUUUAACCCCGAACACACCAACACCAUCGACUCCUCUGCAAGAAGAGUUGCAAAUGUGGAUGCUACUGCACUGCACACCAGAGGAGGAGAACCAGGGCCCGGUGCGCAAUAUCUGGUGAGGGAGUCUGAGGUUCCUACACCGGGUGAGGAAGUUUCAAACGAGGAGAUGGUUAACGACGACCCUCGAAACCCGUUAAAAAACCACAGGAAUUCUGUUUUAUACAACCCAUAUCCCACAAGAGGGAGGUCAGUGGCCCGCCGUCCGCCUGGCACAGGAUAUGGAACAAGAUAUUUCCAAAAUGGACUGCCAGACCUUGUGCCAGACCCAUAUGCCAUCCAAGCAGGUGCCUAUGUCCAGCGCAUGCAGAUGUAUGCUCUCCGCUGUGCUGCUGAGGAGAACUGUCUGGCCAGGUCGGCUUAUGGACCUGCCGUGAGAGACAUCGACUUCAGAGUCCUCCUGCGGUUCCCCCAGAAAGUGAAGAACCAAGGCACCACCGACUUCCUCCCAGUCAAGCCGAGAUAUCAGUGGGACUGGCACAGCUGUCACCAACAUUACCACAGCAUGGACGCCUUCAGUAACUACGACCUGCUGGACGCCGUCACUGGACGUAAAGUGGCCGAGGGACACAAGGCCAGUUUUUGCUUGGAGGACACCAGCUGUGAUCCCGGAUUCAGGCGGCGCUACGCCUGUACGUCUCAUACGCAGGGACUGAGCCCAGGAUGUCAUGACGUCUACGCUGCCAACAUCGACUGUCAGUGGAUUGACAUCACUGAUGUACCUCCAGGAAACUAUAUCUUAAAGGUUACAGUCAAUCCCAAUUUCCACGUCAUGGAGUCAGACUUCAGCAACAACAUAGUGAGAUGUGAUAUCACAUACACAGGAGUCUAUGUUCAGACACACCACUGUCGAGUAACAAGGGGUUGAAAUCUUCCAUCUGCCGGAGUUUUACUUUACUUACAGCAAACAUCUCUCCCUGUACUGUACAGCAACAUCAACUCUGCGACUAACACAAAGUGCAGUUGGUAUUAGAACUGUGCUACAUAAGUUUAUGUUGCAUUUACUGGAAAAUAAAUGCAAACGUUUACACCAACCUGGUACAUUAAACUGGUGAGAUCAUCAGAUUUACUUGAUUAUGUACUUCUACAAAUGUGCCAUGAUUCAUAACAAUAAGAUUUUGCAUAUACAUUUAUUCCUUGAAAGAUGGUUUACUGCUUGAAAUGUGUGUUUUGUUGCCUGCUUUGUGUUUUUUUGUUGUGCACAUUGUUAGUUUUUACAGUUUUUUUAAUUUAAAGGAUAAGAUUUUCUAUAUUUUGUUAUUUUUGUUGUCGUUAAAUCUCAAGAAAAGACCAAAUCCAACAUGUAGUGCAUCACUCAGUACUGUCAUACUUCAACACCCAGUGGUUCCUACUGAAGACAUGAAUCUUCAAAAGCAGGUCACAGAUUUAUAGUUUCACUUCUUUUCACUUCUAAAUUUUCUGGGCUGUAUAAUUUUAUUUGCAAAUGUUACUCGAGUGAAUACAUCUGGGCCUACUUUUAGCAGCGUAUUUAGAUAUAAAAGUCAGUGUAGAGUAGAUCAUGUUUAUGAUAAUGAAGGAACAUUUAGGUGAAAUAAUACAGCUCAUGAUAAGAUAAAGAUAUAUCAGGCUUUGCAUAAACAGAUAACACAUGUCAGUAGCAUAAAUGUAUUUCCGGUGCUGGUCUUUUCAUGUGUUGACAAGAAGAAACACCAAGAAUAUGAGCAGACUUAUCCUUUAAUAACCACUCUGUGGUCACAUUAACAAAUUGCAACUAUCCAAUUUUAUGCCAGAUACUAAGGAUAGAUGUUGGAAUGUGUUUAUACGAGUGUGUGUGUGUGUGUGUGUGUGUGUUUGUGUGAGUGGAUGAAAAAUGUGUGAAACUGAAACCUUGAACGCUUUAUUAUAUUCUGUCGGUAUGUUGGAUUUAAUGCAAUAAAGAUGGCGAGAGG